AUGAAAAGUUUUAAGAAAAAAAAUAAUUUGAGGAGAAAGAGGGUUUUCCCAGUUUUUACUAAAAUUCUUUUAGUCUCUUUUUUAGUAUGGGUUUUUAAGUGCUCUAAUAAUUGCAAUAAUAGAAACGGAUCAGAUGACUCUUUCGAUAUAAGAAAUAAGAGAACUUUAGCACAGAGACAACAUGAACACCAUCACCAUCAUCAUCAUCAACAUCAACACCAACACCAAGCUCCACAUCAACCACACCACCAUCACCAUCAUGGAGCAGUAAGUCACCAACCACCACAUGUUCAUCAACAACAUCAACAAAAUCAACAAGUAUAUGGUCAAGACCAAGCCCACCAUCACCACCACCACCAUCAUCAUCAAUUACAACCUCAACAAUACCAAGGACCAAUUCAAAAUCCUCCUAGUAAUGAACCAGUAGUAAGAACACAAGUAUUCAGGGAAGCAAGACCAGGUGGUGGUUUUAAAACAUAUGAAGAAAAAUACGAAUCAAAACACUAUAAAUUAAAAGAAAAUGUUGUCGAUGGUAAAAAAGAUUGUGAUGAAAAAUACGAAGCUGCCAAUUAUGCUUUCACUGAAGAAUGCCCAUACACAGUAAAUGAUUAUAGCCAAGAGAAUGGUCCAAAUAUAUUUGCUUUAAGAAGAAGAUUCCCUCUUGGAAUUAAAGAUGAAGAAGAAGAGGGUAAAACACCAUUAGCAUUAAAAGAUAAAUUACCAGGUGGUUUAAGUGAAUACGAAAACCAAGUAGAGGGAAUAUGUAAUAAUGACUCAUGUACCUCGUGUGGACCUACAGCUAUAGAUUAUGCACCAGCAUCUUCACCAAAUACUUCUUAUGUAUCAAGUAGCUAUCCUUAUGGAGGAGAUGUAUCUGGUGUAAAUCAAGGAGUACCACAACCCCAAAGUGGAUUACAACAUACUCCAUCACAUAUUCCAGGAACUCCAUACACUAGUUCUCACAAUAAAUUAAGAGGACACGAUAAUAAAGGAAGUUCAUCAUCUUAUGGGUACCAAUCUCCAUAUAAUACAGGAUUAAAUGUUGCUGAUGGAAGUAGUAAUAUGCAAACUUAUGUUUCUCCCAAUAACUCAGGCUAUUCAUCUCCAUACCAAGUUCCACAGGGUUCAGGAUACGGUUCAAGAUAUAGUUCAUACGGUUCCGUAAAUAAAUAUGGAAAAAGCGGUGAUCACAGAUACGAUUCCCUAAAAAAUAAUGAAUUUAAUUACGAUGAAGAAAAAGGAGAAAAAAAGAAAAAAUCAAAAAAAAAUAAAAACAAAGAUGGAGAAAAGAAAAAGUCAAAGAAAAACAAAGACAAAGAUGGAGAAAAGAAAAAAUCAAAAAAAAACAAAGACAGUGACACAGAAAGCAUAAAAUCAAAAAAAUACAAAGACAGUGACACAGAAAGCAUAAAAUCAAAAAAAAGUAAUGCAGAAAAGGAAGAAAAUAAGUAUGAAAAAAUAACCGAUAAUUCCUAUUCAGGUUUAUCAAGUACUAAUGAAAAAAAAGGUAAUGAAUCAAAAAGCACCCUUGGAGAAUAUAAGAAGCCAGAUUUUAGUUCAUCUCAAAAUAAAUUAACAAAUGUUACAACACCAGGAUUAAACGAUACACAUAAGGGAGCAAGUACUACUGCAGGAACAACUACAGGAACAACUAAAGGACCAAGUACUACUGCAGGAGUAACUAGAGGACCAAGUACUACUGCAGGAGUAACUAAAGGACCAAGUACUACUGCAGGAGCAACUAAAGGAUCAAGUGCUAAUGCAGGAGCAACUAAAGGAUCAAGUGCUAAUGCAGGAGCAACUAAAGGAGCAAGUACUACUGUAGGAGCAACUACAGGAACAACUAAAGGAGCAAGUGCUAAUGCAGGAGCAACUAAAGGAGCAAGUACUACGGAAGAAAAAGCUAAAGAAGGAAGUACUACUGAAGAAAAAGCUAAAGAAGGAAGUACUACUGAAGAAAAAGCUAAAGAAGGAAGUGGUGCUGAAGGAACAACUAAAGGAGGAAGUACUACUGAAGGAAAAACUAAAGACGGAAAUGCUGCUGAAGGAAAACCUGCAACAGGAGGAGCUAAUACAGUACAAUAUAAAGAUGGAAAUACCCCCAAAACUCCUGCAAAUAAUUCUGAAAAAGUAAUAUCAAGAGGAGAAGCACAAUUACAAGCAGCAGGAAAGAAAAAGAAGAAAAAAGGAUGCUGUGGUUAA